AUGAGGAGAGAGAGAAGGAGAAGGAGAGGAGAAGAGAAGAGGAGAAACAAAAAGAAGCGGAAAGAGAAGCUACUGGAAGAAGACCGGAAGCUGGCGGAAGAAAAGAAGAAGGCGGAAGAUGCUGCAAAGAGAGCGGCGGGAAUAAAAACUGAGGCAGACGCCAUUUCGGAUAUAUUUCUGCUGGCCAAGAAGGCGAGGGAAGCAAUAUUCCUUAAGAAGGGCGAAGCAGAAUUAGAAAGAGAGGCAAAAAGGAAAGCUGAACGGGAAGCGGAACGGGAAAGCCGAGAGCGUGACCGUAGAAGCCGUGAUCGUAACAGUCGUGACAGGGAUCGUUACAGCCAUGACCGGGAUCGUUACAGCCAUGACCGGGAUCGUCAUAGUCGUGACCGAGAUCGAUUCAGUCGUGAUCGAACCAGUCGCGAUCGUGACAGCCGUCAUAGUCGAGAUCGUGAUGAUCGAAGUAGUCGACAUCGAGAUCGUGAUCGUGCAAGUCGGGAUCGGGAUAAUCAAGAUCGUCGGAGUGAGAAGAAAGAGAGCUAUAGAGAGAAGUAUGAGCGGGAGCUUGAAGAAAAAAUGAAGGAAUGGGAACUAGAAAAAAAGAAACAAAAGGAAGAAGAUGCUCUGAUAGAAACAUGGGAGGAACGGGCAAAGCGGAAGGAGAAAGAAGCAAAAGAAGAAGAAAAGAAGAAGAAAGAGGAAGAGAGAAGAAUGAAGAAAGAAGAGGAAGGGGAGGUGGAGAAGGAAGAGGGGGAAACUUGGGAAGAACGUGCAUUGAAAAAGAGUAAGAAGAGAAGCGACAGUGUGAGCAGCGGAGAAAAACGGUCUAGUAAAAAGAAGAAGAAAAACCGAAGUAGGAGUAGGAGUAGGAAGAGGAGUAGAAGCAGGAGCAGGAACAGGGACAGAAGCAGAAGCAGAGAUAAAAAGAAGAAGAAGGAAAAGAAAAGAGAUCGAAGUUCUUCUGGUUCUGCAGAACGAAGGCGGAGAAGGCGGGAGCGAGAAGAAAAUAAUUCACGGCGGAACCAAGAAUACGAGGCGGAGGGCGGAGAGGAGUAUACUGAGGGAGGUGGGAACGGGGCGGAUGAAUCUGAGUACUCGGAUCUUUAUGCAAUUCCAACAGAACAUUCAGAACCUACACGGCGAGAAAUAAAGAAUAAGAGAUAA